UGGUGAUAAUAAAAACAAUGGUGUAGCAAUUCGUCUUUAAAGUUUCAGCUGCCUAUGGUAGUGCUCAAGUACCUGUGGUAGAAAUACUCACCUUCUUCCUUAUAUCGUGACCUGUUGCCCCACGAUGGUAGUAACAGUGAUCUGCAGACAUGCUUGUCCCGAGAGGAUUGGUUGUUCUAUUCUAAGGGUUGAAGUAUUUCUGCAGCAAGCACCUUGUUAUUAUGUGCAUCUUGGCAAGAAUUGUAUUACGUGUGUAGAAAUACAUAUCAUUUUAAGUAAACUAUUUAGUGACGCUGCAUAUCAUAAUGGUAGAACUAUGAUCCUUGACAUUUAUCUCAGUGCUCUUACAGCCAUUUUCUAAUUCAAACAGAUAGCUACACAACAAGAAUACAAAUUGCAGUCAUUUUUUUUCUUUUUUGGCUUGUUUAGCAGGAUAUCUGAUGCGCAGCAGUAGCAUGUAUGGUUCUGUCAAGCCCUAGUAACUAGUUCAUAAUGUAGUCCUAGAAAAAAUAUAGUAUAGGUGCUUCCCUAUCAACGAACGUUGUAGUUAUGAACUUUUAGAGGUGCCAACACACGUCUGUAAAUACAAAUUCUGAACAUAGAACUUUUCAGAAAUUCACCCACUGCUCAAGAGCUGCCUGGCCAUUAUUUUGUUGAUUUUUUCUUUCUUUUUUUUUUACGUUUACCUCAUGACAUCGGCUGCAUUUCUUGAGGAGGCUCGUUGGCCGGCCCCAGACGUGAAAUAAUCAAGGUAAUUUUCCUAUACAAUGAUAAUAGAAUUAUAGAUGUUUUUUGUGUAUGCACCAAAUGCUAUUCGAUUCAUAUUUGUUCGAAACAUGCCUCACCUGACUGGCCUUGGGCGGUUUCAUGUUCGGCGGCACCGACGAGGUUUAUACGGCACAGUAACUGUUGUGUUGUUUACAAGCCACCCCCCAACCUCUACGUCUUUACAGGGUAUUGGACGGUAGCCCACCACACACGCACUCGUUCCACAAUUUCCUAGAGGCCAGCAUCUCACUUUGCAUCCUAAUCAAGAAUAGAUGAAAGGCAGGCAGUGCUGGGAUAUGUUUUGCCAGCCAAACUACCACCUCAACCAACAUGACUACCAGUACUUCCACCACCACAACUAUCACCCCCACCAAGGCGCCAUUUCCCAUAGUGCUUCGCGGGGACUGGUUCUCGUGGGAGAAAGGCCGGGAAAAAAACACCCGCAUCAAUGAGCGCUGGAUAGAGGGUUUUGGGGAGCCGUUGCGAGCCACUGUGCUGCGCAGGGACAAAUUUCAGUACAUCUUCGCGAAUCGUCACUGCUUCGUCUGUGUACGCUUCCUAAUACGGUCGUGGAAUGUGGUGGAAAAACUAGAAGGACCGUGUGUGAGCGGGGAGAGCAAAGUGAAGGCUGAGGCUGAGGUAAGGGCAGCAGCAGCAGAGGCGGCGUCCUCCUGUGCGUGGCUGGAGGGUCGGCGAGCGUCCGGCGUGGUGAUGGUGCGACACGACGCAACGCCCACCAACUGUCGACCAGCCAUCCACGGCCUCUAUCAUUUCGCAUGGCAGAACAAAUUUAGCUUCACUGGGGAAUGUGACCACCCAGAGGCCAUGGUGAGGUCAUGUCAAGAGCCAGGCAGUCAGUUCCUCAUCGACAGCCAGACGUUUACCAUCCGAUACGUGAAGUGUGAGGGAGUGGGCCACUCCUUCGAUGCCUACCGGGAAUACACAUGCCUUGGUGACUGGUAUGUGGGGCGGAAUCAUUACUUCAUGGCAGCUAAUGCCAAGGAGUCACGACGAGAGGAACGUUACCGCUGCUUCAUACGGGACCGUGAGGAUGACCUGUACAUGGGUGUGUCCCUUACCCCAGAGUGUUCAGUGCUCAAGACACCCCAAAGCAGCCCCCUCAGGUUCAGAUUUAGUUAUGCAAAACAUGAAGUCAUAACACCCGGCUGCUACCUGCCACGCAACCUGACCGGGAAGUGGCAGUCGACAGGACUCGGAGAAGCUCAGAUAGUGAUUAAUGCCACACACAUCAGAGAGACCACCUGGCGGGGUUAUGCAGCUAAGACCACCUCGUAUGCCUGCCUGGAGCAACGUGGCAACCGCUACCUCAUGGCCAAGCUCAGUGUGGAGGGCUGCCAGACAGAGUAUGUGUGUUGGGAGCUGGUUCCUCGUCACCACAACAUCAUCCGUUACCGCCUCAGCUGGGCACUCAUCUACAGUGACUUCCAGGUGUGUGACUACGCCAACUUCAGGAGUGGCCGUGAAUGGAAGUACGACACAUUGAUUGCGGACUCUCCAGCACCUGUCUCGUGUCCCAUUGGUGGCCGCUUUGCAUUCCAUCAGGAGGGAGGGUCCCCCCUGCUGCCCCGGGUGAUGGGGGGCAUCACCACAUCACCCCUGGACUCCUACCCAUGCCUCACCCAUCACGCUGUCAUGUCCAUCUGUGGAAGUGACCGAAAGUGGAUUGAGAUUGACUUGGACUUCUGUGUCUCUCUAAACAAGGAUGGACAUCCAGUUGACUUUAAUAGUGUGAUAGAUUAUCGCCUGCAGUGUGUCGGCUUCUGGCAGGAGAACCUGUUGUCCUACCUGGUGACUCUUGACCCUUCUGAUUCUGUGUCCAGGUUCAGGUGCUGGGUGUACCAACGCAUGAGUGAUACACAGAUCCGCCUCUCUCAGUCAGUUGGGGCUGCUUGUGGACUGCAGCAAACCUUUUUCUCCUCCAACUACACUGAGAGUGCUUCUGUGGCCCUCACCCUCGCCCUCAGUGAACGCCUGUAUGACUACUGCCCCAUGUAUUAUGACAAUGGCAAGGACCCAUGGCAAGAGCAAGACCAAGCCCUCACCAUCUUCAGGUUUUCUAGUCAUGCACAGAGUUCCUCAAGCAUCACCAACACUGUCACUAUACUCCUGCCUGUCUUGAUGUUCCUAGGAGGGUGAGAUAAGCUCCUCCAUUCCCUACAAUCCUCUCUCUGUGGCUGUGAUCUCAGGGUAUUCUUACUGGAGGUGCUGCUGGAAUUAUUUUUCACGUAUUACUAUGGCAAGGAGUGAGCGAGGAAGUGAUAAGUAUCAUUGAGUGCUUAGUUGUUUACUUGAAUGUGUUUAUGUAGUGUUGGAGUGGUGAUGGAUUUACUGUAAAUGUGGGGAUGAGAUAAAUGAAAAUAGUGAUUGUUGGCAAAGUUAUGGAAAGCAUGAACAGUUAUGUAUGACUUUAGCUUAACCCUCUUGCACACUUGACACACAUGUGCAUCAAAAUGUCUUCAUGUGAAAGAUGAUGACACACAAGUGCGUCCAAAAACUUAUUUAAAUUCAUAGAAAAUAAAGUUUCUGGUGGAAGUGCAUCAAUUUUUGGUGCAUCAAAGAUGAGUAUAAGUUUUACGAAAACAAGGAAUUGGCAACUUUGUCCCUUCCAUAGAUAGGCUGAGUGAGUGAUAAAUGAGUCAGUAUUUGCGCGUCAGGCAAGGUGUUCGCCUGCUGUCUCCGACUGUCCAUUAUCUGUGGAGAGUUUCCUGUAUGUAGGAUAACUCGUGCUGAUUUAAGUUUUCCAUCACUUUCUCGGGAUCUAAUUUAUAUUUUGGAACGAACCAAUUGUGAUGCCGAUUUACUGAUACUUUGUCAGUGCUAACUCUCAUCAGAAAACUGAUUCUGAUAUUGAUACUCAUCACUACCACCAAGUUAUUGAAUAUACGCAGCUGCGGUGUAUGCUCACAACUUUACCCUUACCAUCAGCAGCACUAUUCUACAAAAUGCAUUCACAUAGUCAUCACCCUCAUCCCAUGAUGAAAUACACACUCACAUAGUCAUUACUAUCACCAUGUGGUAAAAUAUAUAAUGAAAUCACACAUUCAGACAAUCAUAUCAAAACCAUUACAUCUUACAAAGUUUCAUGCAGUCAUAUCUCCUUUCUAUCACUAGGAACACAACACUGUCUUUAGUAUCAAUACUAUUUUUUCAACACCACCACACUAUCUCGAAUAUGUUAUAAAACAAUAUACAGUAUCAGUGUCAUGAAAUAUAAAAUGGCACAAAUGGCCAAAGAUGUGAAUUGGUUAUGCCUAAAUAACAAACUCUGUUUUUAACUGUACAAUCCUCAGUGUGUCUUUCAUGGACAACUGUGUGAGCAACCUUGCACAUGACUUUCAGAUCCAGUCAGUAGAUGACACCAGACAAAGAUGUGAAUUAGUUACACCUGAAUAACAAACUCAGUUUUCACGUUACAAUCUUUAUUAAUUAUGUCUUCAAGAUUAAUCCUGUUAUGCUCCUCCAUCUUGUUCACAGAAAUGCCAUAUGACAUAUUCAUAAGGUAAGAAGAGCCAUGUAGUGUUCUUCAACACUUCUUUAAAGUCUGCUGCAGUGAUGCACUGAAAUGUGAAUGGAGAAGUUUUGGAUGGUAAAACAAAAAUAAAGGUAUCAUCAGUAUUAUCUAAAGUGGCCAAUACCAGCUCCGAUACCAGUACUGUGAAGCUAAUACCGCUGAUAUUAAUACAGUAAACCGUCGAUAUAACGGACCCACUUAAAUGGAUUUCGGAUAUAACAAACAAGGUCAGAGGGUCAGUAAUAUACGUGGACCGACCGAGAAUAGUUUUUGAACCAACUAUGCUCAGUAACUACGAGUGUCUGUUAGCCACCUCGCCCUCCUCCCUUUAUCUGCUGUCCCAUCCUUUGGUUACUGUAAGUCUUUUUCAGCCCACCUGAUGAAAUAUUUUCCUCCAUGUGGUUGCCAUUCAAAUGAAGAAUGUAUUUACAUGACAAGAAAGUCUUAUGCAUUAAUCCAGGACGUAAAUGUAAUGGAAAAUAGCCAAGUGUUAGGUAGGUUAGAUUAGGUUAAGUUAAGUUAGGUUGUUUGAAUUUAUUUAGCAUACAGUGAGGGGUGGUGGAAAUACGCAGCGCAGGACGGGACAGGACAGCGGCGGGAUGGCCCACUACUAGGGCUGGUGUUGCGAGAAAUGCCUCCUCGCAGAAAUAAGUCACUCUGCUGUCCACCAUACAUGCACACUGGGGGAAUACACAGCAGGAAAACAAUAAUUUGCCUGGUGUUGAUUUAGUCUGUCCACUUGUGAUCUUUGUGAACAGCGAGUGAAAUAUAGAAACAGUAAUUAAUUUGAACCUCUCUCUGCAAGCUAUUUCGCGGCAGUAGAUGUACAACCAGCAUUGAAAAGUCAAUCAUUUAAUGAUUUGUGACAGAAACAGUUAGCAGAUUAUUUCAUAACCCCCAAAAACUACCCUCCCCAAAAAAGUUUCAUCUGCCAGUGCAAGAUAGGCGCACUUGUAAAAUCUUACCCAUACCCAUUACAAAACGUCCCCCCUCAGGGCCCGACUGACCAACCUGGCAGCCUCAGUGCCUCACAGUCCAUUGCCAAGUGUGCUGUGCGGCUAUACAGACAACGUGCAGACAGCAUACAAUAGAAAAACUAUAUACCUACGUUUAUUAGGUUCAUCGGUAUUAUUAUACGUAUUUUUAAAUUUCUGCCACUCAUAACGGACUUUCACAAUUAACGGACUAAUUUCCCCCAAUUAGUCUGUUAUAUCGAGGGUUUACUGUACUGUUACUGAUGCAUCAGUACUGCCUUGGUUAACUUUUUUUAUCAUAAUUUUGGUGGAGGAGUUUUGUUAUCAAAGCAUUGUAAACUUGGCAGGUUGCUUUAUCUCUCAAUGGUGGAUUGUUCAGUCAGUGUGAUAUUACUAAGCUACUUUUUUAUUCUCAUCUUGUGAUUUCUAUUUUACUUAAUACCUACUCAUAGUUGCUAUUGGUCUAGUUUUAUGGUUUGAUUCUCAAUUUUGGUCUAAUAUUCUUAGGCAAUAUUUUGAUUACUUAAGCCUCAUUUUUGUGGAAUAGAAAUGCAUUUUGCCUUCCAAGAUUUCAAGAUACAGUUCUUCUAGUCUUUUAUUGUGGAUUUAGAUGAGUCAGUGCUGGCAGCUAGAAGACUCUCAGCCAACUCAUCUGUUCAUCCAUCCGUCCAAACCUAGUCUUUUGACAAGUAAACUAGUUACCCAUUCAUUGCACCCACUGGACUGGUGGAUUGAUGUUGAUCUCAGGCACACUAUUUACUUCAGUGUAUAUUUUAUAUGCAUAUCAUAGUUCUUCCCUUUUUGUGAUCUAUGAAAAGGGUUAAUAUCUGCUUUGUGCAGACUGUAAUCACAUUAGUUUUGCAUGCUUACUUUUAGUAAUGGAAGUGUUUGGAGUGUUAUUUAUUUAUCCAGUAUUAAUAGAGUAAGAUAUGAGAAAGUGUUAGGUAUGGCUUACAAUGUAAUGGUUGUAAUGCACAACUCUUGAGGAGUAAGAUCUAUUAGUUCUGAUAUUUUAGUUUUGUCUUUCAUCUUUGAGUUGAAGGUCAUGGUGAUAAAUGAUUCUUCAUGUAAAAGCCUCGCCAGAUCAUCAUCUUUAGGUUCAUUCAGUUUACAUAGCAUUACUCCAACUGUAUUUUUUGUAUUUUUGUGCAUUUAACCCCUUCACUACGGCUGGUCCAAAACCGCGCUCCGCGCCGUAUCCGAGAUCACCACACGCACCAAAUUUCAAAUGUCGCUAUUGAAUAUAACAAGUUUUCAGCCAUAAACUCAACAUAAUCAUCAUGUAUUAUAUAUGAAAACAUGCAGAAUUAAAUGGUGCACAUAAAGAAACUCACUACAGCUGGGACAAAACAGUGCCCCGUGCUGUAUCCGGGAUCACCGCGCGCGCCAAAUUUCAAAUGUCGCUAUUGAAUAUAACAAGUUUUCAGCAAUAAACUCAACAUAAUCAUCGUAUAUUAUAUAUGAAAACAUGCAGAAUUAAAUGGUACACAUAAAGAAACUCACUACGGCUGGGCUAAAACAGUGCCCCGCGCCGUACAGUUAUCGCCGCGCGUGCCAAAUUUCAAAUGUCGCUAUUGAAUAUUAUAAGUUUUCAGCCAUAAACUCAACAUAAUCAUCAUGUAUUAUAUAUGAAAACAUGAAGAAUUUAAUGUUGCACAUAAAGAAACAAAUUAAUUGAUAAUUUUGAGAUGUAAGCAUAAAUAUAGAGAUAAAAUAACUCUUAUAUUGGGCUAAAGCGAGCCAGGACGCAGUAUGUGUGUCCUCGGAUAUGGUACGGGGCACGCAAGGAUGCAGUAUAUGCGUCCUUGGAUAUGGUACGGGGCACGCAAGGAUGCAGUAUACGCGUCCUUGUGUUGAAGGGGUUAAGUACAUUGCUGUGCCAUAGCAGGCAUUAUAAUUCUCACUUUUAUGUUUAAUAUUUAAUUUGUAUUUAUUUGCACUGCCUUCAGGUUUGAGUGACCAUUGUUAUUACUAGCUUCAUUCUUCUGUCCUAGGAUCUCUCAAGUUGUGAUGUGUACUGAGUAAAGGAGACCAUUCACCUUUGCUCUCAUGUUGGCUUUUCUGGUCCUGUACUGUAAGUAUACCUCACCUUGAUGCAUGGCGACUUAUUGAUACCCUAAGGGGUUAUAAGGUUUGAGUUGGUCAAUUCUGAACCAUCUGAGGCACUAUUUACUAUUAGUUUUGCAGCCAAGUCAAUGUUGCAAAAUUAUUAAACAAGAAAUUUUGCUGAGCAUGAUGAAUCCCUAAUUGAAGGAGUUAGGAGGAUGAACCAAUAAAUGAAGUGCCUUCAAACAUUCUUCACUGUCUGCCAAUUUCACUUUUCUCUUAGUCAAGUUAUAAGAAAAUAAAUCAUCGUGCAACGGAAAAUAACUUCAGUACCCUCCCCAGUUUCGUGAUCCCCGAGUUUCGCGCUUGUCCUAAAUUCUUACCAUCCCGACUUUCGCGCAUUAUCAUCCUGAGUUUCGCACUGCUUUGACAUGAAUGGGUCAGGUCUACCUACCAUCGGCGUCAAGUGCGCUGCCUUUAAAGGUAGGGUCACACUGGCCGUUUUCCUCCAAACAUUGGGGCUACAGUCAAGAGAGAGAGAGAGAGAGAGAGAGAGAGAGAGAGAGAGAGAGAGAGAGACUUACACGUCCUCUGCGUGUAUCGAAACACGAGAAAUUAAUCAAGAUCAGGGUAUUCGCCGGCUGCCUGGGAUUGAACCCGCGACCAGCGUGAUGGGAGAGCCACUCCUUACUGAGUCGGCCAAAGAGGUACACCACUGGCUAAGUGGGUAAUGGGAGGCUCGUUCAUCAGGCAUAGUCGCCGCACUACACUGGUAGUUCCCAAUAAUCCGAUUUAGCUUUACCCAGUAGCACCUCUAACCUCAUUGGUUAUGAUGCUGCCACUGCGCAAAGCAAAUAGACAUUCUGAUGCAUUUGAUUUCAUUUUUGCAGCUGAAGGUAUUUUGUAUAAAUCAUAACCAUGACAUUACCAUUCUUGCUUUUUGGCAUCCAUGCAUCCUUUUGGGCACUGUGGAAUCUUACCAAACAAUUGAGGAUUGACAGUAACACAAAAAGUAAUAAAAUUCACAUAUAUUUCUCGCGUAGAAGCCUUAUACACGUUACAAUGGCAAUUUUCGUACAGUUAGCGUCUUGAUCUACCUCUCCGUAGCCACCCACAUCAGCCACAGCCCAUGAUUGGCUACUGGGGUGUAUCCAUCAUGUUGAUAUUUGGCACAUCAAGGUUACAAACAUUGUAACUCCUAAAUGGCUCUAGGGUCAUAGCCUGGUAUGGGUAGCAGCGGGAGGGCCUAUGUGAUUGGUGCUCAGGCUGACGAACGUACAACGACGAGAGAACAUGGCGGGAAAGUUGUAAAGAGAGAGAGGCGAUGAGACAGACAAAGAGUCAUUCGUGGAGGUACACAAUCCACCAUCAUAUGAGUUGUGGUGCAAUUCCAACUCAUACAAGAGUGGGUUUUCUCCUCCUUCAUUUGUUAGGGAAUUGCAAAGGAAAUCAGUGGAUCAGUAGGGUCAGACAAAAU